AUGGCGGACUCCGAAUCCUCCAGUCUGAGAGGCAGUGGCAGCAGGUCGCGUCGGGCCUGGACAGUGUCAGCAGAGUCCGAACCGAUGGAUAGCUCUAGUCGGAGCAAUGGUCGCUCCUCGAUUGACUCCAAUGAACGACCCAAGACCCAGGGAGGCGAAGCUCCCGACUCCGCAAAGGCUGGCUCCAGCGGUUUCUCCAAGCUCAUCAGCUCGCGUCGGCGACGGAAGAAGAGGAACAACCAGCCGCCAGCCGAUGAGCCGCCAGUGCCAGGUAUCGUCACGGAGGAGGACCUGCAUUUAAGCCGGUCAAAUGAGUCUCACGAUGGCUAUUCGGGCGUGCCGUCAUCCAACGCUAGCUCGGCCCCGCCGGGAGGCGAGGUCAUCAAUAUUUUGACCGACGAUUCUGAGCCAGACAGGACGCCCCCGCUGACCUCUCACAACUCCCAUACGGGUUUCUAUACUUCCUCCUCCCCGCUCAUCAAAACAACCUCGGUGAAUACUACCGACAAGGAAGAGACAGAAGCAGACGUGGACUCGGCGGUCAGCGGCCCAAGCGCUACGGGGUCUGAGUCCGCUCCAAGUGAACCUCGCGAGAAUCAGCCGAGACGAGGAACGCAAUCGAGCAUGACCCUGGAUAUUCCGACAGACUCCAACAGCAAGCGACGCAGUGCUUCUCCUGCAAGGCGUCUCAAGGAUGCAUUUAGUCCGUCGGAUAAGAAGAAUGCGGAUACGAACGACGACGCUUCAUCCAAAUCGGCCAGUAGCCGAAGCGGGCGAAGUCUAUUCAGCAGUCGUCGAAGCAGUCUGUCCUCGAAACGGGCCCAGGCAACCCCAGAGGCCCCUCCACCCCUGCCUCUCCCCAUUCGCACGGAUUUGACUGAGGACAAGCCUCGUAAGCGAUCUCUGGAAGCGAGUCCAUUGCCCAACACCCCUCCGCACACCGCGAUCCCUGCGCCAGCAACCACAGUCACCCCUCCCACGCCUACAGAGCAUGUUCCGCUCAACCCUCAGAUCCUGUCAGAAACUGUAACAGACUCACCCGAGUCCAUCAAGUCCCGCAAUUCAAUGUCGGGAGCCGGCAUCACCGUGAGCUCCUCGGGUAAUAUGAUCUCACACCGGCGGGUACGGUCUGCCUCCGCAGCUCACGUUCCGAGCAAAUUGUCUACAUCCGUGACUGCAUUAAGCCCUCUGGAGGAAAAUAAGGCGCCCAAAAGUGGAUCGAGUCAGCAAAGCGGCUUCUUCUCCUCUGUGUUCUCUGUGGCCCAGAAUGCAGCAUCCUCAAUAAGUAACACGCUCAACUCCCAGCAAAAAAAUCGUAUCACCCCUCAACCUUCAACUCCUGGUCUUGACACUUCUCCGAUAGAAACAGUAUCGGAGGAGACCGAUCAAGGGUCAGAUCAAAGCAGCAAAAAUGGGGAAGGGAAACCGUCGACGAUGGAAACACUUGGGUCUGGAGAUUUGAAGUUCAGCCAUCUGGAUAUUGACGCCCCGCCAGGUGAGAUAAUUUCCACUGCCGAUGGUGUGGUUGUCACGAAACCAGUUACUCCUGUCGACAAGCGCAAGAACCCGGCUGUGUACCAGCGGGAUGAGGAAGCCGCAAAGCUCGAAGAUCAGCGGGCUGCCCGGGCUGUCAAUAUGGCCUACGAGAAGCCCGAGUCCGCUACAAUCGGAUCUCCUGGUGACAAUGUCUUGGAGCUCCAGUCUACUGUGUCUCUACCCAAGGAUGGAACAAUGACUGGAGACCACACGCCCCCUAGUGGGAGUAUUCUUGACGGAGAUAUUGGUAGUGGCAUCAAAAGGAGUGGUAGUGUGCGCAGUCGGCUUGCACGUCGUCAUCGAGGCUCUUCUGGGGCUACGACCUCGACCAUUGGCGCGAUCGGUGCCAGCGCCCUAGCCCUUGGUGUUCCUGGUGUCAAUGCCAGUGUCCCUCGCUUGACCGGCUUUGCUGUUGCAAGCAAGAAGCGCAACAGGGACUUCCACCAAUUGUUUCGAAGCGUUCCUGAGGAUGAUUACCUGAUUGAAGACUACAGCUGUGCCCUGCAACGUGAGAUCAUCCUUGCUGGCCGAAUCUACAUAUCCGAAGGUCAUAUCUGCUUCUCCAGCAACAUUCUUGGAUGGGUGACAACCCUUGUUAUCAGUUUUGAUGAGGUCGUCGCUAUCGAAAAAGAGAGCACAGCCAUGGUCUUCCCCAAUGCAAUCGCCAUCCAAACCCUGCAUGCUCGUCACACCUUUCGAAGUUUGCUCAGUCGUGAAUCGACAUAUGAUCUUAUGGUCAACAUUUGGAAGAUCAACCACCCAUCUCUCAAGAGCUCUGUCAAUGGAACUCGGGUAACAACUGGUACCGGUGACAAAACAGAGAAGGUCGGCGAAAGUGACUCAGAGAGCGAUGUCUCUGACGAGGAUGAGAUCUACGAUGAGGAUGAAGAAGGUGAUCAUGCCGAUAGCUUCUUUGAAGCUGGACCCAGUGCCAACGCAAGCGAGAAGUCGCUGCCGGGGCGGGCUGGUUUGAGCCGUCAAACCUCAGGCCUAUCGACGAACGCAAUGGCACCAGCAGCUGCGAACAGCAAUGCCGAUACUAAGAAUGGUGACAAGGCGGGAGCCCCCAAGGAAGCUGAUUUCCCUGGUCCAGCCACGCAUGCUCCCACGGAGUACACCGACCCCAAUGGACAAUACGAAAGGGUCAUAAAGGACGAGCUCAUUCCGGCGCCGCUCGGAAAAGUUUAUUCUUUGGUCUUUGGACCGGCAUCAGGAGAGUUCAUUACCAAAUUUCUCGUGGAAAAUCAGAGAUCGGGCGAACUACAGUUCGAAGCAACGGCAAAGGGCCUCACAAACGAAAGCCGCGUUCGGAAGUAUUCCUAUAUCAAGCCUUUACCCGGCUCCAUUGGUCCGAAGCAAACCAAGUGUAUCAGUACCGAGACCUUGGACUUCUUGGAUUUGGAAAAGGCUGUCCUUGUCACCUUGAGCACUCAGACUCCCGAUGUGCCUAGCGGCAAUGUUUUCGCUACCAAAACCAAGUACCUUUUCACCUGGGCUCCCGGUAACCAAACACGAUUCCUCAUGACAUGCAACAUCGAGUGGUCCGGUAAGAGUUGGUUGAAGGGCCCCAUCGAAAAAGGCGCAACCGACGGCCAGACUUCGUUCGGAACGGAACUUGUCAAGGCUCUAAAGGUUGGCGUUGUCCCUCGUGUUCGCACGAAUGGCGCUGGCAAGGCCAAGGGUCGCCGUAAGAAGGGUGAUGUCGGUGCUAAUGAUGAUGCUGCGGUCGCCUCUUUGAAGGCAGUCGUGGAUCCCACCUCAGGCCAGGCCGAGUCUUGGGGUCUGUUCGAACCAGUCCGUCCUAUACUGGAGCCAGUGACCAGCAUGCUCAAGCCUCUUUGGAGUGGAAACAUUGCUAUCCUGCUUGUUGGCAUUCUGCUUUACAUGGCAUUCUUUCGAACCCCAUCGACCUCAUCCAGGCUCGGACACGACAUUGGCUUCACCGGCCUCAGCCUUCCUCAGCGGCUCGCUGCUUACGAAGAAAUGUGGCAGCGCGAGGAAAGCGAACUCUGGAACUGGCUAGAGGAUCGAGUGGGCAUGGAUGGCAUGGCAUUCCCAGUGCUUCAUCACCGUACCUCAGAAGCCUAUGCUAGCCGCCGAUCCACCCGUGCCAGUCCAGCAGACGAGCGUGAUCUCAUUGCCCGUCUGCGUGAGGAGCAGGUUUCCGAUCGGGAUAUGGAUCAUGCGAUACGAACGACGCGCCAACGGCUUGACAUUCUCGAAGAGAUAAUGAGCAAUCGCAGGGUGGAACGGACUCCCACCGAAGAGCCUCCUGUUCGGAGCGAGCUGUGA